CCAAUGUUUGUAAAUAAGAGAUGUCUCAGCUGUCUCACCAUGACGAUAAUAAUGAGGAUUAUCCUCUGGUGAUCAAGACUGAGAACGCCAACACUGUUUUGCAGUUAUUGAGAGCUAUUAACUUCAGUGAGAUGGCCACCGUCAUCGGCAGCCCUGAAGGAUUGAGGGUUGUGGUGGAGGAGGGCAAGUGUAUACAAGCCAGUGCCUUCCUUCAGUCGCAGAUGUUCCAGGAGUAUCACAGUCAGGAUGAUGUGGUCACAUUUAAGAUCAACCUCAACGUGCUGGUCGAGUGUCUCAAUAUCUUCGGUGGGAGUUCUUUGCCCGGGGUUGCUCCAUCUCUCAAGAUGUGUUAUGGGGGUUAUGGCUCACCUCUCAGUCUGGUGCUGGAGGAAGCGAGUGUGUUGACGGACUGCAACAUCCGCACGCAGGAAGCCGACGAUACUCUCGAGUUCAACUUUUGCAAUACAAGUGUUGUGAACAAAAUAGUAAUGCGGUCGGAGUGUUUGAGGGACAUCUUUUCCGAGUUUGAUUACAACUGUUGUGGAGUACCUGUAUUAGAGAUUCUCACAUCACCGGACCCUCCCUAUUUCCGCCUCUCUACCAUCAGUAACAUGAGCACGAGUGAUACAGACAUACCCAAAGACAGCGACAUGAUCGAGACGUUUUCCUGCACAAAAACCAUGAGACAACGAUAUAAGCUGGCACUAUUACGGCCAUCAAUUAAGCCUCUGACUAUAGCCCAGAAGGUCUUGCUACGUACAGACGAACGGGGUAUUCUCUGUCUUCAGUUUAUGGUUAAGAUGGAGGAUAAUCACAUCUGCUUUGUGGAGUUUUUUUGUUGCCCGGAAGAGGAGGAGGAAAUCGAGUAACAUGUGAUACUGUUUUGGAGUAUUUACCAACAUCUUAUUAUUUUACUGUAAUAGUAAUGCAAAUAAUGAUAAUGAAAAUGAAGAUGAACAAAUACAACAUCAAGUAAGUUAUUAAAAAAAAUAA